AUGGCUAACUACUUACAGCGCGAGAGGUCCCGUUCUCCACGUCGUCGUUCCCGUAGUCCCCGUCGCGGCCGUCGUUCCUAUUCACCUCGCAGUCGUUCACGCAGUCGUGACGACUAUCGUCGCAACGAUCGUCGAUCCAGAUCUCCUGUGAGUGGCGCAGCUGGCGCUCCUGGCGGACAUUCAGCCUCUGGUUACGGUGGACGUAACCCUUCUACUCGUUCUUACGAGGACCGUUCAUUCGCCAAAGAGCAAAUGAUGCAAGCAGUUCGCGAAUCUUCCCAACAGGACCGUCGGGUCUAUGUUGGGAAUUUGUCCUAUGAUGUCAAGUGGCAUCACCUUAAAGAUUUUAUGAGACAGGCUGGAGAGGUCCUCUUUGCCGAUGUCUUACUACUUCCCAAUGGAAUGUCGAAGGUGGGCGUCAACGUGAUUGUGGAAUACGCAACAAGGGAGCAAGCUCAAAACGCUGUAGCGACUCUCAGUAACCAAAACCUCAUGGGUAGACUUGUUUACGUUCGUGAGGACCGUGAGGCAGAACCUCGUUUUACUGGUGCUCCUGCCCGUGGUGAUUUCGGUGGUCCAGGACGCGGAGGCUAUGGCGGAGGCUAUGGCUCUGGCUCCGGCGCUGGUGGCAGUCGACAAAUCUAUGUCUCCAACCUUCCUUUCAGCGUAGGCUGGCAAGACCUGAAGGACCUGUUCCGUCAAGCUGCCCAGCAAGGUGCUGUUGUCCGCGCCGACGUGCACGUUGAUCCCAGCGGCCGCCCGAAAGGUUCUGGAAUUGUAGCAUUCGAGAGCGCAGACGAUGCGCGAAAUGCUAUUCAACAGUUCAAUGGGUAUGACUGGCAGGGUCGAACUCUUGAAGUCCGCGAGGACCUUUUGCGGGAUUGGGCCCAGGCUUUGGUGGUGGUCGCGGAGGUGGUUUUGGGGGCGGUUUCGGCGGACGCGGGGGCGGAUUUGGAGGAAGCUAUGGUGGUGGCCCGGGGUGGUGGGGCAGGGGACGGUAGUGCAUCAGUUCCUCCAAAUCCAUUCACGGAUUUCGCAACCUCUGGUGGAGAGAGGAGUGCCAUCAUAUUUGUCCGCAACCUCCCUUGGUCGACAUGCAAUGAGGAUCUGGUCGAUCUCUUUUCGACAAUUGGUAAAGUUGAGCGCGCUGAGAUCCAGUAUGAGCCCAACGGUCGCUCUAGGGGUACUGGGGUUGUUGAGUUCGAUUCAGUUGAAAAUGCCGAGACUGCUAUAAGUAAGCUUUACCUUGCUCACCACUCAAUUUCACUGCUCAUUUCCCUAUAA